AUGCUACCUUAUCAUUACAACGCAGGGCAACCGCCAAACCAGGUUCUAGUUUGAAAACAAUUCCAGAAAAGAAACAACAUCGACUUUGGGAAAACAUGAUAAAAUACAAAUAAAUUUCCAGGUUCCAUCAGGUCAACAGCAAAUGAGCCAGUACCAACAGCAGGUUUAUUGAUUUUUUUUUUAAGUUUGACUUUUUCAUCUAAUUCAAAAUAAAAAAUGCAGGUUAAUCAACAAUAUCCUGGUGCUGGAAAUAAUGCGGCUGACAUGCAAAAUCGUCUAGCUCAUGCGCAACAAGCAAUUCAACGUUUGAACGAAACCAAACAGUAAGCUCUGGAAAAUAUGGGGGGUUUUGCAUGCGAUUCUUAAAUUUCGGGGUUUUGAACAAAAUAUGAAACUAGACUCCGUUUCUCGCAUUUUCCUUCCUAAAAUUACACUAAUUCAUCUUCGGAACUGCAGAAAGCAACAAUUUCAUCAACAUCAACAACAACAACAUCAGCAUCAACAAAGCUACACCGAGGAUCAAAAACGGCGUCGGGAUUCACGAUCACCAGAAUGGGCGCGAGAGGCGCGAAGUUCAAGUCGUGAUCGUGAUAGAAAUCGUCGUCGUAGCCGCUCAAGAUCCAGAAGUCGUGAUCGUUACAAGCAACGAAAUAAUAGACGAGGUCUCGCCUUGAUUUCUCAUCAGAAAUCAUUCUUCUUCUAGUAGUUUUCUUUCGAUUCUCUAAUUUUCGAUGCGAUUCUAGAUCAUCGAAGUCGUAGUCGAUCACCAACAUCGAGACAUCGUGGCGGUGGUGGAGGUGGAAGAGGUUGGAGACGAUCAAGAAGUAUUAGCCCGGAUAGGGUGAGUAGACACGUUUUUGACAGGAAAAAUUUGCAGGAAAUCAUGAAUUUAAGCCGAAAAACGCGAAUUUUCGACUGUUUUGCUGAAAAUUAUGAUUUUGUGACUAAUAUGAGCAAUCUAUAAUUUUUUGAAUCUCAUUUUAUUUUUAUCAUUCGGAGAUCAUUGAAUUUUAACAAAAAGAAAUUGAUUGAAAAAACCAAUCGCGUUUAAAAUUUCAUUAAAAUUUUGAAACGUAAAUUUUCGGGAAUUUUCGCGAACUGAAAAAUGUACGUUUCAGAAUUUUCAUGAAAUUUGAAACGUACAUUUUUUGGGAAUUUUUAUGAGCUGAAAAAUGUACGUUUCAGAAUUUUCAUGAAAUUUGAAACGCAGUUUGUUUUCUCAAUAUAUUCAAAUCGAGCUCUUCUAUAAAAUUGAUUAAAUAUUGCUCAUAUUAGUCAUAUCCAACAAAUUGCUUAUGUUAAGGUUAUAAAAUUGAUAAUUUCUUUUAUCAAAAUACCUAGGCCUAAUAUGAGCAAUGGGGUGAUUUUUUACGCCAAAGUGCGAAAUAUUAGAUAUCACUCAGCUCCAAAUUUUUGCGCGAAAAUUUUGAGAUUCAAAUCAAGAAUUUUCGGUGUCAUUUAUCUGAAAAUUCAAUUUCAGAACCCCGAUCGAACCGAAUGGGGAAUUCCAAGUCACAAGCUAGUUAUGCUAAACAUUCCCAACGACGUGGACAACGCAAAAAUCAGCUUUGCCUUCUCAAAAGUCGGCUAUUUGCCACAAGAUGUUCGAACCAACACAAAAAUCGAUAAUCGCACAAAUUUGGUCAAAACGUUUGCAUUCGUCGAAUUUUGCGACGUUCAAACCGCCACCAAUUUCCUGCAAGAAAAUCGAGGAGUUUUGACGCUGGAAGACGGGAGAAGAGUUAUGGCCGAGUUUGCGAGACCUGAUAAUAUGGAUAGAUUUAAUAGAGAUCGAGAUGGAAAUGGUGCAGCAGGUGGAAAUGGUGGAAACUAUGAUAAUGGUGGAGGAGCGAGAGGAUUACACGAAAGUGACGAUUGGAUUUGUGCACAUGUAAGGGGUUUUUGGGGCAUUGCUCAUAUUAUUUAGUUGUUUUUUUUUCAGUGCUCAAUGAACAAUUUCGUGAAACGAAAAUCAUGUUUCAAGUGCGAUAUCUCAAAAGAGCAAUCAAUGGAGCUGGAAAAACAAGGAGUUCAUAUGGUUGGAGUUUCACCGUGUGAUAGUGCGUUUGGGGGGUUUUUCAGCAAAAAUCUGGAUUUCCAGAGGCUUUGGCGAUAAAAAUGAGACUAAAUAUUGUGGGGAAAAUUUUGAAUUUGGCGCCAAAAAAUCAUCAUAAAUUCUGGAGUCAAAAACUUAAUGCCACGUGGCAACCUCCAGACCCUUAUGAGAUAUCAUUCUGAUCCUCAAAUCAAGCCCAAAGCAAUUUUGCAGCUCUUCUCAUUCGCGGUCUCCCAGAUGGUUGCACAAACACCACAAUUUUCGACAGCCUAGUCACCUUAGUUUGCCUAAAUUCAAUCUCAAUGAUCAAAUUAUCCGAAUCGAAACGAUUCGCAUAUCUACAAAUGAAAUCGUGCGAUGAAGCUGUCAUGUUAUUGAAUUUGACCUAUAAAGCACCGCUGAAAAUCAAGAAUAAAGAUGGUGAGGACUGAAAAUUUCGUGCUGAAAAUGAAAAUCGUAAAUUAUUUUCAGUACAAGUCUCGUAUUGUCGCGAUUCAAUGUCUCGCCUGAUUCAACAACAAAUGCAAAUGUUGACACAAUCUGCGGGACCAGAACAACAAAAUGGUCCGUUGGCUGGAAAUUGUGAGUUUUUUUUUGUCAUCAAAAAUUGAAGCAAACAUGAGCAAUACCUCUAUUCAAUAAUUUUAAAAAAUAAACCCAAAGAAACUGCCUAUUGCUCAUGUUAGAGUCCUAGAAAACGUGGCAAGUUCUAGUAAAGUCGCAAAUGUUCCUCUCUUUCCAGUAACCGGUGCGGAAAUCGCCGCAGCCGCAAUGGCAAAAGCGCGAGCGGUCCGCAACGCCUCCAACAACGUUCAACAAAUUAUGUCGGCCACCAACACCAAUUCCACCGGCGGCGGCCCACCACCAAUUUUAGCCCAACCCAAUUUCAGUAUCCCACCACCAAAUAUGGGCGGACCACCCAUAAUGAUAAAUAAUCAGCAAGGAGGAGGUCCCCAGCAACAAACACCACACAAAAAUGGGAUAAUCGGAAUUACACCAACACCACGUGGCGUGUUUCCCCGCUAUUUGCCGCCAAAUUCGAUGCAUUUUGUGGUGGACAAUAAUUCGGGAUAUUAUUUGGACCCCGUCACGAACUUCUAUUACGAUCAGACCACCGGAUAUUAUUUUAAUAAUGAGACGAAGAAAUGGUGCCAAUGGGAUGCCACGUAUCAGACGUAUUUUGCGGUGGAAGAGACGCAGCGAGUUGCGGAGCCGGAACAGGUGAGAAAUUUUUGAAAAAUAUUGAGUUUUGGGGGAAAUAAUAUGAUAUGAGCGAUGCUCUUUUUAAUAGGGCUGAUUAACGAACGAAAAAAAAUGUUUGAAAAUGUUUUUUAACAUCGAAAGAUCAAUUUUUCGAGUUUUUCAGCCAAAAAUGAUGACAAAUCAAUAUUUUUUAAGCUUCUGGAAUAAUUUCUGAUGAAAAUUGACCUUGGAAUUCACUUUCCAGAAGGUUUUUCUGAUUUUCGUAAAAUGAAUUUCGAAAAAAAUUCAUAAAAUAAAGCAAAAUUGGGUUCUCAAAGCUUAUUUUCAUCAGAAAUUACUCCAGAAGCUUGAAAAAUAUCGAUUUGUCAUCAUUUUUGGCUGAAAAACUCAAUGUUUUUUCGACAUUUUUUGACUUUUCUUGAAUCAGCCCUAUUAAAAAAAAUUUAUUUUCUGCUCAAAAUUCAAAUUUUUCAUAAUAUUCAAAAAUCAAAUGAAAAAUCCCGAAAUCCCUCUUUCCAGCACCAAUCAACAAUUCAAGCAAUUCCUCAACCAAUUGUAGCCGCUGCCAGUCAAGAUUUAGAUGAUAUCGAUGAGCAAAAAGAGCUGAAUAUAUCAGAAAUCGAGAUGCCAAAAGGUCCAAAAAGUGCAGCAGAAAUGGCAAAAGAUAUGGCGAAAUGGGCGAAAAAACAGGAAAAAGACAAGAAAAAAGUACAAAUUUCGCUGAAAACAAUGGCUCCAUCGAAACCGAUCAUUGAAAAAGGAAAUGUAUUUCAAAGUGGUGAGUUUCUUCGCAUAUUGCUCAUGUUAAUCUUCAAAAUUCCAGAAAAGAAAAAGCUCUCGGCUCCAUCAAGCAGUUCAGCCAUCAAUUUCGAAGAUGACGAAGAAGAUGACACAACUUUGGCAGCAAAUAUCGAUCCACAUACUGGAAAAAUUCGAGGAUUUUCAGUUCAAAAUGAGAGAGAAGAGACGAGUUCCGCCAAAUCUGGCGCGACACGUGGAAAUCGUGGAACAACAGCGAUGGAAAUGAGAGAAAUUAUGGAAAGAGCACUGAUUGAUGAAGCCAAGAAAAUGUGCCUUUUGUGCAAAAGAGCAUUUCCGUCGGUGGAUGUUUUGAGAAAACAUGUGGAUAAAAGUGAAUUGCAUAGGGUGAGUUGGAGCUAGAAAAUUGAUUUUUGAUCAAUUUUGAGCUGAAAAUCCUGAAUUUUAAUGAAUUUUAAGCUACAAAUCAAUAUUUUACCACAAUUUUUUGAGCUGAAAAAGCUUUUUUUUGAACGUGGCAAAUUGAAAUUUUGAAUUUUUCGGAAAAUUUGAAUUUUGGUACUAAAAAUCCCGUUUUUCUCACUGAAAAUUCCGAAUUUUUCGAAUUUUCUGAAAAUUUAUUCGAUACUCAGCCAACAAUUCAUGUACGCAGCCAAAUAUCACAUUUAAUACUCAGCCAAAAAGUCCCCGCAAAAUUCUUGUAGGUCCCUUUAGCAAAAUGUUGAAAAUUUAUAUUUUCAGACUAAUCUAGAUCUGAAAAUUUCAGAUUUUUUUACUCAAAAAUCCCAAUUUUCCAAAUUUUCAGACAAAUCUCGAACAAAAACGAAUCGAAUGGGGAAAAGAGCUCAGCGAAUCCAUCGACGAAGAGGAAAUGCAAGAAAAAUCAGCGGAAAUCGAAAUGCCAAAAAUAGUAUACCGUGAUCGAGCCAAGGAACGAAGAAAACAGUUUGGAUAUAGUUUUGAAGUUGGCGGCGCAAGUUCUGCUGGAACGUCGGGAAGAUCUGAAGAUUCAAUUCGAAGAGAAAGUGAACAUUUUGCAUCGAAACCUUUGGAUGAUAAUAAUAUUGGAAAUCGAUUGUUGAAAAAUAUGGGAUGGAAAGAAGGAGAAGGAAUGGGAAAAAAUGGGCAAGGUAUGACGAGUUUUGGGGUGGAAAUUCGAAAAAUCUAGAAAUUUAAAGAUUUUUUUGAAAAUUCAACUUUAAAAAAAUUCAUCCACGUGGAAGAAUUUUCAAAUUUCUCACUUGACAAUCCUAUUUUGAAAAUUUGAAUUUUCGAAUUUCGCGCUUGAAAAUCAUAUUUUGACAAUUUAAAUUUUCAAAUUUCGCGCUUGAAAAUCAUAUUUUGAAAAUUUAAAUUUUCAAAUUUCGCGCUUGAAAAUAAAAUCUUGAAAAUUUAAAUUUUCAAAUUUCGCGCUUGAAAAUCAUAUUUUGAAAAUUUGAAUUUUCAAAAUUCGCGCUUGAAAAUCAUAUUUUGAAAAUUUAAAUUUUCAAAUUACGCGCUUGAAAAUCCACAUGGCAAAAUUUUAACUUUCAGAGUCUCGUUGAAAUUUUCAGAAUAAUAAAACAAGUCCGAAUUUCUACGCCACGUGGAAUUUUUGGUCCGAAAAACCUCACUGAAUUUCCAAUUUCAGGAAUAACCGCACCAAUUCAAGCCGAGCGAUUUGUUCAAGGUGCCGGUCUAGGCUCAUCGGGCUCGAAAAUUCGUGGCGGAGUCGAAUCGAGUCAUAAGGAAAAAACUCGACAAGCGCUUUUCAGUCGAUAUAAUGAUCAAUAG